AUGCUUUUCUUACUAUACCUAUUAACUAUCUGUCUAAGUGCUGCAGACGAAACUGGUUGCACAAACAGAAUAUCAGAAAAUCACUGUGUUGAGUGUGACCCUUCUCACCACUUGGAACUUCAACCAAAUGAUGCGACUGGAAUUCCUUCCCUUGUCUGUGUUGCAAAUCAAGAUGUCGCAAAUUGUGCUGAAAUGGAGAAUGGCGCUUGCAUUAGAUGUAAUAUAAAAUACUAUCUUCACAACAAUGAAUGUAUUGGUUGUGUGGCUGGCUGUAAUUACUGCAACGACCAAGUCUGUUACCAAUGCGGAACUGAUGAGACCAAUGGCACUCAAUUGUACCUCUCCACUGACGAAACAAGAUGUAUCGACUGCACUCAGCAAGCCAACGACGAAGAAUGUGGGAGAUGUGAUGCUGGAAAGUACUUUAACAUUGAAACAAAGAACUGUCAACCAUGUAAAGACGAUUGCGCCCUUUGCACUGAAAGUUACAACUGUUACCAAUGCAAAAACAACAAACUUCUGAACAAGAAAGAUAACCCAACAGCUUCUGAUCCAGACACGUGUGACGAUAUUGUCAACUGUGAUCCAACAACCGGACUCAAAUCCGAUCACUGCGAGUUGUGCCUUCCCGGUUUCCGACUUGAAAAGGGCAACUGUGCUCCUUGUGAUGAAGGGUGUGAUGUAUGUUAUUUGGAUGAUACUGGCAACAACUUCUGUAGUAUCUGUUCAGAAGAUAAAACGAUGGACGAUGGGAAAUGUAAAGAUAACAGUGAAUUAAACUGCAAAGAAGGAAGUAAAACGUAUGGAUGUCUUGAAUGUGUCGAGGGCUAUUACUUUGAUUCAUCAUAUAAAUGCAAGCAAUGCUCCUCAACGUGUGGCACAUGUGUUUCAGAACCAACACAUUGUUUGUCUUGUGCUCCGACAUACUUCUUUAAGACAAAUACCUCCGAGUGUAUUAAAAUGGACGAUAAUUGUAAUCUUGCUGAUCAGGCCGGGUGUAAAGAGUGCAAGAACAACUUGACCUCGACUGAGAACGACACAGCUCUUGGGUAUUAUGUACCUCCCGGAGAACAAAAUUGUAAACAGUGUGAAGGCAAUUGUAAGUUGUGUGAAGGCGAACCAACGCAUUGCAGCGCUUGUAUUACUGACUUUGUUUUGGAAAAUACAACAAUUUAUGAUGAAAACAAAACGGCUAUUGGAAGUUAUUACGCCUGUGUUCCUAAAGGGAAAGAUUGUUUCAAAACGGAAAUGGGGUACUGUACCGAAUGUCGACCCGGGUUCUUCAUUCAAGGAGGAGACUCGCAGGAAUGCAUUUCGUGUAAUAUCACGUGUGGGACAUGUAAAACGAGUGACGCGUGUUUGUCUUGUGAUGGCGAUUAUUUCAUGUCGAAGGCGGAUCAAGCCGAUGGCAAAGACCACUUGUGCACGUCACGAUGGGAAAUCAAUAUGACGUGUACCGCUGGUCCGAAUGGGUGUGAGACGUGUAAUGAUGGGUAUUAUAUCAAUCGAGAAGACCCGACGCAGACGAACUGUACUGAGUGUCCAGUCGAGUGUGAAUUGUGUGAGUUUAAGAGCACUGAUGAGAACGACCCAACGGUUGGGUAUCCUGUUUGCACGUUAUGUCUGGACAAUAGGACAUAUGUGAAGGAUGGGAAGUGUGCGCCGUGUACCGAGCUUAAGAAUUGUGAGAUCUGCAAAGGUACUAAGUGUGAUGUAUGUGCCGAAGGGUAUAAUUUAGACGCGGGCGAGACGUCGUGUUCGAAGACGAAUUGGGCGUUGAUCAUUCCAUUAAUAAUUGUUGGUGUUAUUAUUAUUAUCAUCAUCUUUGUAAUUAUUAUUGGAAUCAUCUGGUGGAGAAGAGUGAAGAGUGUGAAGGCGGAGACAGCUGCUAUUAAACCGUUCCACGUUGGGAGUGAUUUGGAGUUGUUAUUGCUUGGGGCGGAUAACGAGAAGUUCCCGUUGAAGACGGACAAGUGGGAGUUGACCUUUGGGCUUUCGAAGACGAAGGCUAUAGUAGAUACUGAGUACACUGAAACGGUGAAUCUUGCGAAUAUGUCGAAAAGUCAAUACUACUUUGAGUUCCACUUUACACCGAGCCAUAAGUAUGACUUGAAUAUUGAACCGAUGAGUGCGACACUGAAGGCUGGGACAGCUAUUCCAGUCACUUUUAAGAUCAAGAUGCUGUGUACGACGUCUGUGAGUGAUAAUAUUGGUAUCUCAGCGAUGGAUAUUGAUGAUAAUAAUAAGGAAACGGCGAAGUUCACGAUUGUGAUAGAGUCUGAUUUGUCACUGAAAUUGGACCACACUGAGUUGAAGCCGAUUAUGCCACCAAUUGGUGAAGGAGCGUUUGGGAUGGUGUUUAGAGGGACAUACCGAGUGAGAGAUGUUGCGAUUAAGAAGAUGAAGGCGAGGAAUUUGACACAAGAACAAGAGAAGGAGUUUAAUCAUGAAGUUUCGAUGAUGACGCAGUUGCGACAGAACUGCGUUGUUGAGUUGAUUGGAGCAGUUUAUACAGAAGGAGAGAUUGCGAUUGUGACUGAAUACGCUGAGUAUGGAUCAUUGAGUAAGAUGUGGGGAAAGAACCCAGUGAGUUAUCAAUUGAAGGUGAAAAUGUUAGACGACAUGGCAGUUGGACUUGCGUAUUUGCAUCAAAAUGAAGUUCUGCAUAGAGAUGUUAAAGGAGAGAAUUUAUUGGUGUUUUCGUUGAACCCACACUCACCAGUCUGCGCGAAAUUAACGGACUUUGGGACGUGCAGAAACAUCUCGGAGAGAAGCUUGCAGUCGAAAGCGUUGUCACAAGGGAUUGGAACACCAACUUAUAUGGCGCCAGAGUGCUUACAGAACACGUCGGACUAUAGCUACCCGGUAGAUGUCUAUGCGUUUGGUAUUGUGUUGUACGAGACGUAUAUUGAAAAGAACGCAUUUGAAAAUGAUGAAAGAUUUAAUCAACCAUGGAUGAUCCCUCAGUUCGUUAUUGAAGGGAAGAGACUCGAUAAACCAGCAGGCGUCCCAGAGAACUAUUGGGACUUGACUACGAAAUGCUGGAAACAAAAUCCGGAGGAAAGACCAACAUUCUCUGAUGUCUUGAAGAUCAUCGAAUCGUGGGGAGAAGAUAUUAGAUACGCUCUCAGUACAGAAGCAGAAAAGAAGGAUAUGCCACCACCAGCUCAAAACGCUCCUGUUGAUCCACAACAAGAAGUACAACAGCCCGCUGCUGUUGAAAAUGAAGACGAGAAGAGUAAAUCGUCUGAUUCAGAGUAA